AUGCCUCUCCCACGCAUCAACCCAGCCCUCGCCCUCGCCCUUGGCCUCGGCUUCCUCUCAUCCGCCCAGGCGCAGGACACUGCGACCGUCCUCCCAUCGGUCGAAAACGCCUACAUCAGUGUGUCAAACGGUAACUGUCUGGCCGCAGACGCCUCCCUUGUGGUCCCCAAUGACGACCUCUCAAACUGCGUUAGCAUCAACACGAGCCAAGGCGACAUUUACCCUGCCGAGUACAACGACGACACUGGUGUGCUCUAUCUUGGCCUCGACGUGGACAAUAACGGCAACUUUCGGCUUUCCUUCAUCCAGCCGAGGCGGGGCCAGAUACAGCCGCAGUGGUUUUAUGAUGAAGCGGUCUUGGGCGACGGGGUUUACCCCCGCCUCUACUACAGUAUUGAUGGUUCCGAUCCUCGCUCCAGCUUCGGGCCCGACUGGCGGGUUCGGGCGGAUGGCACCACCCUCGCUCCUGUUGUGGAAGGAGACAACGUCGAAAGCACUGUUGCUCUUUUAUUGAUUGAGAGAGACACAGAGUGA